AUGCCCAUCACGCUCGACUACUCGUCCAAGCUCAUCCUCAUCACUGGCGGCGGCCGGGGGAUCGGGUACGCGAUCGCGCGUGCCCUCGCUUCCGCCGGCGCCACCCUCGCGCUGACGUACACGUCGAAAGACUGCUCCGAGGUCGCUGCCGCCCUCGAGCACGAGUUUGGCAUCACCGUCAAGACUUUCAAGGCCGAGGCGAGCGACUCGGCCGACACGGACCGGCUGGUGGCCGACGUCGAGGCGGCGUUUGGCAAGAAGGUCGACAUUGCGAUUGCGAACGCUGGCGUCGCGCUGUGGAAGGACGCGCAUGCUAUGACGGAUGACGACUUCAAGCGCCUCUUCGAGGUCAACACCUACGGGCCGUACUACCUCUCGCGCGCGCUCGUGCGCUCCUGGCUCGACCUGCCCAUCGGCGUCGACCCGAGCGCUGCGCAGCCAGACAUCAAGAGCAUCACGCGCAAGCUCGGCAAGCAGAUCCUCAUCGUGUCGUCGAUUUCGGGACUCGUCGCCAUGAGCCCGCAGCGGCAGGCCGCGUACAACGCGUCCAAGGCGGCGGUCACGAUGCUGUCCAAGUCUCUGGCCGAGGAAUGGGCCCACCUCGGCGUGACCGUCAACACCAUCUCGCCAGGCUACGUCGCGACCGACAUGGUGUCCUCUGGCGACCCCAAGCUCGCAGAGUGGAGCAAGGAGUGGACCUACCGCACGCCAGUGGGCAAGUUUGCCAGCGCGGCAGACCUGGGCCAGUUUGUCGCGCUGCUCGUUAGCGACCAGCAGGGCGGGUGGGGCUUCUUCACGGGCAGCGAUGUAGUCGUGGACGGGGGGUACACUACGUUGUAA